AAUUUCCCGACAUUCCGACGGAGCUCCGACGACAUGGAGUCCAGAAGAGAAAGAAGGGUAUCGAGAACCAAACAGAGACCAGACUUAGCCUCAAUUCUGCGGAAGUCAUGGUACCAUCUGAGGUUGUCAGUGAGGCAUUCCGCUAGGGUUCCCACCUGGGAUGCCAUUGUGUUAACAGCGGCUAGCCCUGAGCAAGCGCAGCUUUACGAGUGGCAGCUCAAGCGAGCCAAGCGGAUGGGCCGAAUCGCGGCCUCCACCGUCACUAUUGCAGUGCCAGACCCAGAUGGACAACGGAUCGGCUCCGGAGCUGCCACGCUCAAUGCCAUUCAUGCGCUCGCCAGGCAUUACGAGAAGCUUGGCAUGGAUCCUGGGUCUGAGGUGGUGAUUGAAAAUGGUAGCAGUUCUGGAUCUUCCAUCGAGCAUGGAAUGUCCAAGGAUCAGGUUUCUGAGGUGCAAAUGGUUAGAUUCAUGACCAAGAGGCAUAUAUUAUUGCUUCAUGCAGGAGGCGACUCUAAAAGGGUCCCGUGGGCAAAUCCUAUGGGGAAAGUUUUCUUGCCACUUCCAUUUUUGGCUGGAGAUGAUCCUGAUGGGCCAGUCCCACUGCUCUUUGAUCAUAUACUUGCUGUUGCUUCAUGUGCCCGACAGGCAUUCAAGAAUGAAGGUGGAAUAUUCAUCAUGACCGGUGAUGUUCUUCCAUGUUUUGAUGCCUCGACAUUGAUUCUCCCCCAGGAUGCAUCCUGCAUAGUCACUGUGCCCAUCACACUUGAUAUUGCUGCUAAUCAUGGUGUUGUUGUGGCAUCCAAGACUGGAAUCCAAGAAGAAAGUUAUAUGCUUAGUUUAGUUGACAAUCUCCUACAGAAACCUUGUGUGGAAGAUCUUGCUAAGAGUCAUGCUAUACUAGAUGACGGUAGAGCACUACUUGACACAGGAAUAAUAGCAUCUAAGGGAAAAGCUUGGAUUGAGCUUGUUGCCCUUGCAUGUUCUUGCCCACCAUUGAUUUCAGAGCUUCUAAAGAGCACAAAAGAGAUGAGUUUGUAUGAAGAUCUAGUGGCAGCUUGGGUACCUAGUAAACAUGAUUGGUUAAGACAGCGCCCAAUGGGAGAAGCACUGGUCAGCAAAUUGGGAAAACAAAAAAUGUUCAGCUAUUGUGCCAAUGAUUUUCUGUUUUUACAUUUUGGAACCUCAAGUGAAGUUUUGGAUCACCUUAGCGGAGCUGAUUCAGCACUUGUAGGUCGAAGACACUUAUGUUCGAUUCCUGCAACCACUGUGUCAGACAUUGCAGCAUCUGCUGUGGUUCUUUCCAGCAAAAUAGAACCUGGUGUCUCAAUUGGUGAAGAUUCUCUCAUAUAUGACUCACACAUAUCAGGGGGAAUGCAGAUUGGUUCCCAAUCUAUUGUUGUUGGUAUUAAUGUUCCAGGUGACAAUAAUAGUACAGCAGACAAUUCAUUUAAGUUCAUCCUUCCUGACCGCCAUUGCCUUUGGGAGGUUCCACUGGUAGGAAGCUCUGACAGAGUGCUAGUUUUUUGUGGCCUCCAUGAUAAUCCCAAAAAUUCAAUCACUAGGGAUGGGACAUUUUGUGGGAAACCCUGGGAGAAGGUAAUGCAUGAUCUAGAUAUUCAGGAGAGUGACCUGUGGACCUCAACUAGUAGUCAGGAGAAAUGUUUAUGGAAUGCAAAGCUAUUCCCCAUCCUUUCUUAUUUUGAAAUGCUUAAUGUGGGAAUGUGGUUGAUGGGCUUGAGUGAACAAAAAAAUAAAUAUUUUCUUCCCUUAUGGAGAAGCUCACAACGCGUCAGCUUGGAAGAGUUGCAUCGUUCAAUUGACUUUACACAGAUGUGCACUGGGUCCAGUAAUCAUCAAUCAGAUCUUGCUUCUGGAAUUGCCAAAGCCUGCAUUAAUUAUGGUAUGCUUGGACGCAAUUUGUCUCAGUUGUGUGAAGAGAUUCUUCAGAAAGAACUUUUAGGAGUUGAAACAUGUAAGGACUUCCUUGACCUUUGUCCCAAACUUAUGGAGCAGAACUCUAAGAUUCUUCCCAAAAGUCGUGCAUAUCAGGUACAAGUCGAUCUUCUUCGAGCAUGCAGAGAUGAAACAGAAGCUUCUAAGUUAGAACACAAAGUUUGGGCUGCAGUUGCUGAUGAAACUGCAUCUGCAGUUAGGUAUGGCUUUAAAGAACAUCUCUUGGACUCCUCCAGCAAGCCUACUUCACCUUUUAAGAACAAUAAACUUGAUGGCAAUGUGGAUCACCCGUUCUGCCCAAGAAGAGUUAAAGUUGAAUUACCAGUCCGGGUAGAUUUUGUUGGUGGCUGGAGUGAUACUCCUCCAUGGAGCUUAGAGCGUGCUGGGUGUGUUUUAAACAUGGCAAUAAGCUUGGAAGGUUCUCUACCAAUUGGCACCAUCAUAGAGACAACAAAAACAAGUGGAGUACUGAUUAGUGAUGAUUGCGGGAAUGAGCUACACGUUGAAGUUCCUUCCUCUAUUGCUGCUCCCUUUGAUGUUAAUGAUCCAUUUAGGCUAGUAAAAUGUGCAUUGCUUGUGACCGGAAUUUUGCAUGAAAAGGUUCUUGUAUGUACGGGCUUGCAAAUAAAGACAUGGGCCAAAGUACCCCGAGGCAGUGGCUUGGGGACUUCCAGCAUCCUAGCAGCUGCUGUUGUGAAAGGGCUUCUCCAGAUUGUUAACGGAGAUGAAAGCAAUGAAAAUGUAGCCAGACUUGUUCUGGUAUUGGAGCAGCUCAUGGGAACAGGAGGUGGCUGGCAAGAUCAAAUUGGAGGCUUAUACCCCGGUAUUAAAUUCACUGCAAGUUAUCCCGGAAUACCAUUGCGGCUCCAAGUCAUUCCUCUUUUGACAUCGCCUCAGUUGAUUACAGAGCUGCAGCAACGAUUGCUUGUGGUAUUUACUGGUCAAGUUCGACUUGCACAUCAAGUACUACAAAAGGUGGUUCUCCGGUAUCUCCGGCGGGAUAACCUCCUCAUCUCCAGCAUCAAGCGGCUGGCCGAGCUGGCAAAGAUCGGUAGGGAAGCAUUGAUGAACUGUGACGUGGAUGAACUAGGGGAGAUCAUGUUGGAAGCUUGGAGACUGCAUCAAGAACUCGACCCUCACUGCAGCAACCAGUUUGUCGACAAGCUCUUUGAAUCCGCUUCCCCUUACUGCUCCGGCUACAAGCUCGUCGGAGCCGGCGGUGGAGGCUUUGCUCUCUUACUUGCCAAAGAUGCCAAGUGCGCCAAAGAAUUAAGAAACAUGUUAGAAAAAGAUUCAGAAUUCCAGGUGGCAGUGUACAACUGGACCAUCUUUUGUGGAAAUUAAUUCCAAUAUAGCUUGAUUCUUGCACAACCAUGCGUUGUAACUUGUAAGUAAUAAUUGUGUAAACAUAAUAAUAAUUGUGUAAACAUAAUAAUAAUUGUGUAUACAUCGGGACUUAGUAACUCCUUAAAACUGCAUUGCCUCUUCAGAGAUCAAGGUCAAAUAAUCUUAUAUAAAUUUUGGUGAUGUUA